AUGGUAAGCAGCUUACGCGUUGCGGCCUGUCACGCGUCACCUGUCUUUCUCAAUGCACGCAAAACAACAGAUAAAGCUUUAUCCUUCAUCAGACAAGCGGCAUCUAACAAGGCCAACCUCGUGGUCUUUCCGGAAACCUACAUCUCUGCUUUUCCUAUCUGGAGCUCGCUAAGACCCCCUACUGAAAACCACACCCUGUUCCAGCGUAUGGUACAAGAAUCUAUCUAUGCUGAUGGCGAUGAAAUGGAGGCGUUGCGCGAAGCGGCUCGGUCAAACAACAUCCUAGUGAGCAUCGGCUUCAGCGAAAGGUCACGACACAGCAACGGCUGCCUGUACAAUUCGAACAUCUUCAUUGGAACCGAAGGCGAAGUCCUAGUUCACCAUCGAAAGCUGGUCCCGACUUUCUUCGAAAAGCUCACAUGGAGUAGCGGUGACGGCUAUGGGCUGCGUGUUGCUAACACGCAGUACGGGCGUAUCGGCGCGUUAAUCUGUGGCGAAAACACUAAUGCACUUGCAAGGUACUCUUUGAUCGCGCAAGCAGAGCAAAUUCAUAUAUCAACUUGGCCGACGAUAUGGCCGACAAGAACUUCACGUCACACAGCACAAAUCGCCGAGCAGACCACCGACGAUAGCAAUGAACAGUCGAGUCCAAGCGCUGCGCGUGGAACAAACUACGACAAUUUAGCCGCAAACAAGACCCGUGCUGCAGCGCAUUGCUUUGAAGCAAAAUGUUUCGGUGUGGCGUGCUCAGGCCAUCUUGGUGAACAUGCUAUCAAGACGGUCAUCGAGGGUGCAAGUCAAGCGGAUGUGGUAGCCGAGACUCUACACGCUAUGCCUCGAGCUGCAACCUUCUUCCUGGAUCCUACCGGCGCGCCGUUGCCUAGCUUCACCUACAAAGGUGCGGAGAAAGAACAUGUAUCCGCAUUGCAAGAUCAAGAAGACAUACUGUAUGCCGACAUGAAUCUUGACGACUGUAUCGAGGGCAAACAAUAUCACGAUGUAGUUGGUGGAUAUCAGCGACCCGACGUGUUUGACCUCAAGGUCGACCGAUCCAGAAAAGAACCGGUGCGCUUUAUUUGA